AGGCGGACGAGGAGCUAACGCGGGCACGACAAUGGCUUCGUCGGUCGCUCUCUUCCCCCCCGCGACCCUCGUCUCCCGUCCUGCGCUCUCCAAUCAGCGCGUCGUCUUUCCGCAAACGCACCGCUGCAAGAUCCCAAUCGUCCGCGCCUCUGUCUCGGCGCAGCCCUUCGUGGCGGCCCCGGACGAUCUCGUCGCUUCCAUCCUUUCCAAGGUGAAGGGAACUGAUCGGGGAGUUUCGCUUACGAAGGACGAGCACAAAGAGGUGGCCAGUGUGGCAAGUCAGCUUGCAGGAUACUGCGUCGAUGAGCCUGUUAAGUGCCCUCUCAUAUUUGGAGAUUGGGAUGUGGUCUAUUGCUCGGUGCCGACAUCACCUGGAGGAGGUUACAGGAGCGCAAUUGGACGACUUGUCUUCAAGACAAAUGAAAUGGUGCAGGUCGUGGAAGCCCCUGAUAUUGUGAGGAAUAAAGUAUCCUUCUCUGCUUUUGGUUUCCUCGAUGGAGAAGUGUCCUUGAAAGGUAAGCUGAAGGUAUUAGAUGGUAAAUGGAUUCAAGUCAUAUUUGAACCCCCUCAACUGAAGGUAGGAUCACUGGGCUUCCAGUACGGUGGUGAAAGCGAGGUCAAGCUUCAAAUAACAUAUAUUGAUGAGAAAAUAAGGCUUGGAUUAGGAUCAAGAGGUUCACUCUUUGUCUUUCUGAGACGAGGAUAGCUGAGAAAUUUGUCCUUUGGUUCAUUAGAAUUUGUAUAUUACUUGUUAGUGUUUCGUCUUCAUCAGAAGAGGUCCAAACAUCCAUUAUGUGCAGUUCAGUAAACAUAAAAAAGAGUGCUACAUUGAUUGGUUGUUCUGCGACCAACCUGCUGAGGACUGGUGGUGAAGAAAAAGAGUUGUGGAGAUUUUGAUACUUUAAUAAUACAAUUUUGUGAAUGAA